AAAUUUCUUCGCCGCGAUCCAAUCAUUUCUCUAUAGCAAGACGAUACACUCCAUAUUGUGGGACCCAACCAUUUGCAGAGUCUAAACUGAGUUGAGAGUCUUGUAACUCCAUCUCUCUCCUCAGUUUGAGUCUGUGACUUCAAUUUUUCUCUCUAAAAUGGUUCCUCGAUGGGCAUCAAAUGUUUUUUUCAUUUUCUCUCUCCUUUUCGGGAUCGCUCACAGCAAAACACUCAAAAGAGAUGUGAAAGCUUUGAAUGAAAUUAAAGCAUCACUAGGAUGGAGGGUGGUAUAUUCAUGGGUUGGAGAUGAUCCCUGUGGAGAUGGUAAUCUACCACCUUGGUCUGGCGUCACAUGUUCAACACUGGGAGAUUUUCGGGUUGUGACAGAAUUGGAAGUUUAUGCAGUAUCAAUUGUCGGGCCUUUUCCUACCGCCGUGACCAAUUUGUUAGAUUUGACAAGGCUGGAUCUCCAUAACAACAAACUUACAGGGCCAAUCCCUCCUCAAAUUGGACGGUUGAAAUGGCUUAGAAUACUAAAUUUGAGGUGGAAUAAGCUGCAAGAUGUCAUUCCUCCUGAAAUUGGUGAGCUGAAGAAACUAACACAUUUGUAUCUGAGCUUCAAUAAUUUUAAAGGGGAAAUUCCCAAGGAGCUUGCAAGUCUACCAGAGCUUCGCUAUCUAUAUCUUCAUGAGAAUCGAUUCAUGGGGCGAAUUCCACCGGAACUGGGGACCCUGGAAAACCUUAGACACUUGGAUGUUGGUAACAACCAUUUGGUGGGUACCCUUAGGGAACUUAUUCGUUUUGAAGGAAGUUUUCCAGUUCUACGCAACCUCUAUUUGAAUAAUAACUUCUUCACUGGAGGAGUUCCGGCACAGCUUGCAAACUUGACAAAUUUGGAAAUUCUGUACCUGUCUUACAACAAGAUGUCUGGAGCCAUACCAUCAGCGCUUGCCCAUAUUCCUAGACUAACAUACCUGUACUUGGAUCAUAACCAAUUUACAGGGAGGAUUCUAGAUGCAUUUUAUAAGCACCCUUUUCUGAAAGAAAUGUACAUCGAAGGAAGCAGAUUCCGGCCAGGCGUAAAGCCUAUAGGUGUACACAAGGUCCUUGAAGUUUCUGACACUGAAUUCCUGUUUUAGUCAUCAUGUAAUUCAUUGUCAUAGUAUAUUUAGGGUAUGUAUCUAUAUUUUAGGAGAAAAAAUGUUGAGCUACUCUUCAUUGAUUUUAGGGUUCCAGGGUUUUAAGUAGUUGUUAGUGGUUCAUUGUCAGUUCUUAAUUGGCCAAUUGGUGCUUGCAUUGUACAGAAGAUUCACUUAUAAAUUAAAUCCCAAAGAUGAUUUGCCUCAAAAA